CUCCUCUGGAUCCUUGGGAUUCGUGCAGACAGCAGGUAAAGAUAAGCAAUAAUGAUAAAGAUGGUGAUGCUGAUCUUGACGAAAGUAGUCGACAGGGACAGUUUGAAAUAGAUACUGCAUCAACGUUUGCUGAUAAUUCAAGUGAAAUGACUGAAACCUUUGAUAAAGCAGUUGGAUCUCCUGACCAUGCAGUUCAAUUUGAAUUAAGUAACUACAGUGAUAACAGUGGUACUGAUAGCGAUGCAG